AUGACGGUCGGCGAGGGGAAAACCUGGACCUUGCCGCUGCUGUGGGCCAUGGAUUCAAUCAGACGGAUGGCGCAAGUGGAAGCAAUGGUGUACCUCACUGUAUGGUUUGUGACCAAUAUUGCGAUCACCAUUUGUUCCAAGGCCUUGUUUAAGGACCUGCGAUUCCCCUACCCGUUAAUGCUGACGGCGAUCCAUCUUGGUUGUACUGCUGUCAUGGCGAUCAUUGUAAGCUACACUGGUGUGUACGCGCCUGAAGCCGUAACCGUGAGUCUAUUGAAGCACUGUUUGCCUUUCUCGGUCGUCUUCACACUGAACAUCUGGCUGAGCAACUACAGUCUCAUGUUCGUGAGCAUCAACGUACACCAGGUUAUCCGCACGACCAUUCCGCUGUUCACCAUGCUCUUCUCUUGGCUGAUCUACAGUGAGCGCUAUCCCCUGGGUCUCCUACCAUCCAUACUUGUGGUAAUCGUCGGCGUCGCCGUAACAGUGUGGGGCGACUUCGAUCUUACCUCGUUGGGGCUGGCAUUAGUGAUUCUCGGAUGCGCCCUAUCUUCGCUCAAGGGCAUCAUGACGAAGAAAGUGCAACUCGGACUUCAUACAAUCGAUGUCCUCCGCAUUGUGUGCCCCAUCAGCGUACUCCAGCUUCUACUCGCCGCCCUUCUAGACGGAGAGUUUAUGGGCGCGGCGAGACGACACAAAGAGCUCGAGUGGGGCGUUUUGCUCACCCAAGGACUGCUAGCAGCCCUUCUCAACUUUGUUUCAUUCAAGUGUGCCCAUUUGAAUUCUCCUUUAACAAUGAACAUUGCCGGGAAUGUAAAGCAGGUUGUCACUCCCGUAUUUUCUCAUAUGAUCUACCACACACAGAUGACCUUGGUCGGUGUUCUGGGUCUCCUCGCGACGUUGUUGGGUGCCGUGUGGUAUGGAUACGAUAACAGUAGGUUUAAGGCUGCGGAGGCGCUGUCUAAAUUUACACCCGAAGAACUGACACCGGAACCGGGGGAGGAAACCGGGUUCAUUACAGCAGCAGACAUUGAACUAGGGGACUCCAUCGUCAUCAACGAAGCAGUUUCCCAUCAAGUCGUUUGUCCCAUACCUGGAACAUUACCGGAAGACAGUUAA